UACACACAUGUGAGGAGGGCUUCAAUAUCUCAAUGCUGAGAAAACAUUAUCAAGCAACAAAUAUGGGAAGCCUACAAUACAAAAUUUGCUACAUGUUUAUCUUCCUGGCCGUACUUGUAUCUGAGAUUGUUGGUGCGAAAGUACCGGCGAUUAUCGUGUUCGGAGACUCGACGGUAGAUGCAGGCAACAACAACCAAAUCCCAACCAUAGCCAGAAGCAAUUUCCAACCAUAUGGGCGUGACUUCAUCGGCGGAAAGGCGACCGGAAGGUUCUCCAAUGGGCGGAUACCUACUGACUUCAUCUCAGAGGGUUUUGGCCUCAAACCUGCCAUUCCUGCCUACUUGGAUCCUUCUUGUAACAUUUCAGAUUUUGCUACUGGUGUCACUUUCGCUUCUGCUGGGUCUGGCUACGAUAAUGCAACUUCAUCAGUGCUUUCUGUAAUACCACUAUGGAAAGAGUUGGAAUACUACAAAGAGUACCAAAAGAAACUGAAAGCAUACCAAGGAGAAGAGAAGGGAAAGGAAACAAUAAGUGAAGCUCUUUACAUGAUGAGCCUUGGAACAAACGACUUCUUAGAGAACUACUACACCAUCCCAGGCAGAUCAUCCAGGUACAACAUCCAACAGUACCAAGACUUUUUAAUUGGAAUAGCUGGCAAUUUUGUCAAGCAACUCUACGGACUUGGGGCUCGAAAAAUAUCCCUUGGAGGCCUCCCUCCUAUGGGCUGUCUCCCCUUGGAGAGGACCACAAAUUUUUUUGGCAGAAAUGGCUGUGUGGAGAGGUACAAUGUUGUGUCUUUGGAGUUUAAUGGGAAGCUCGAGAAACUCGUUUCUGCACUCAACAAGGAACUCCCUCAGGUCAAGAUCGUCUUUUCCAAUCCUUAUAAUCCACUUUUGAGCAUCAUCAAACAGCCUUCUUCCUAUGGAUUCGAGGUGAGCUCGGUGGCAUGUUGUGCGACAGGAAUGUUCGAGAUGGGUUAUUCUUGCAAUCGAAAUAACAUGUUCACUUGCACAGAUGCCAACAAGUACGUCUUCUGGGAUUCAUUCCAUCCCACCGAGAAAACUAGUCAUAUCAUCGCUGACUUUCUUCUCAAGAAUGUUCUCACUCAGUUUCUUUAAUUAAUUACAACAACCCUUUUGCUAUGGUACUGCUAUUCAUCACAAUAUAUAUAUACCUCGAUUGCUUGGAUAUCCAUGAGACCCAUUUAUUAGCUUGAGUGUUUUUCAUCUAUUUAAGCUAUGGCAUGGUCAAAACAUAUUCUUUUCUCUUAAACUCUAUGACUAGAACAUUAUGUAUCUUCUUAAUAUAUUAUAUUCUGUAGCUAGUUAUUUUCUGCAUUUUCAUUAUUCUGUGUAUCAUCUCGGAGUUAGUUAUCAUAAAUAGCUACGUGUCCUUUUCAGCUUUAUGUAUGUAAUUGGUAAUAUAUGUGUGCAUGAGAGAGUGAAGUGUAUGUAAAAUAUUUCUUGUUUAAUUAUUGGGGUGAAGAAAAUUUUAUGUACUAUCUUUUAAUAAUUCAUGUAUUAUGAGUUUCUUUCGUA